CCUCGCCUUCCCGAGAGCACUUCCGGGUCAAGCCGCUCCAGCGGGAAGAGGCUUGGUACCACUCGGGUUGGUCUUCGCUCACGUUUUAAUACUGAAGACUUCAAAUUACAUUUUGGAUCUACCACUUUUUUGGAAAACUUCAGUACCAAGCAAUAAAUCACCCACUGUACUCUUGUUAUAGCAUAGAACCUUUUGAGCUCUACAAAUCUAAGCAAGAUUAGCUCUCAUUUUCCCAUGAAGCCACAUUGUUACUUAUUCACUUUAGUGUUGAGUAUUACUAUGCCGGCUGCGUUUGUUUUGGAAGAUGUAAGCUUCAAUCAAAUGGACCCACUGGAAGCAAAUCAUAGUUCUUUCAAUGAAUCAUUUCCACCAAGCUUUGAACUCUCAGCAGGCUCCCCCCACUCAGGUGAUGAAAUCAUCAUAGCCAAAGAGGGAGCUAGUGUUUCCAUCGAGUGUCUUCUCACAGUCGACCACUAUCAAGAUGUCCAUUGGUACAACUCAAAAGGACAGCAGCUGGAUGACAGAGGCAGAGGUGGAAAAUGGUUGGUUUCUGAUAACUUCCUGAAUAUCACCAACGUAGCCUUUGAUGACCGUGGGCUCUAUACAUGUUUCGUCACCUCUCCAGUCCGUGCCUCCUAUUCUGUCACCCUGCGUGUCAUCUUCACCUCGGGAGACAUGAGUGUCUACUACAUGAUCGUCUGCCUGAUUGCCUUUGCAAUCACUCUCAUCUUGAAUGUCACACGGCUCUGCAUGAUGAGCAGCCAUCUCCGUAAGACCGAAAAGGCCAUCAACGAAUUCUUCAGAACCGAAGGGGCGGAGAAACUUCAGAAGGCCUUUGAGAUUGCCAAACGCAUCCCCAUCAUCACCUCGGCCAAGACUCUGGAGCUCGCCAAGGUCACACAAUUUAAGACCAUGGAGUUUGCUCGUUACAUAGAAGAACUGGCACGAAGCGUCCCUCUCCCACCCCUUAUUCUAAACUGCAGGGCCUUUGUUGAGGAGAUGUUUGAGGCUGUGCGAAUGGAUGACCCUGAUGACAUGGGAGAAAGAAUUAAAGAGAGACCUGCCUUGAACGAUCAAGGUGCCAUCUACAUCAUUAACCCCGAGAUGGGGCGGAGUAAUUCACCAGGAGGAGAUUCGGAUGAUGGUUCUCUGAGUGAACAAGGCCAGGAGAUAGCAGUUCAGGUUUCUGUUCACCUUCAGUCAGAGACCAAAAGUAUUGGAACAGAUUCUCAAGACAGCAGUCAUUUCAGCCCGCCUGAUGAUAUGGGAUCAGCUGACUCGAACUCUAACUGCAGAGAUGCGGCAUAUGAAUACUGCCAGCUCUGAGCUCCCCAGCACCCAUAAAAACGCUCUCAGAAUAGGAACCUGUUUCACACAGGAAAUAACAUUUUUACCAAAAGAUGACGGGUUUCCCCCUUGUUCUAAUUAAGCACAUCAGAACGUGCAUUAUUGUGAAAAUCUUUGUAAAAAUGCAGCAUUUUUCCUAUCUGAUGUUUCUCAGUAAGUUUUCCUCAAGCUCGAGUAGAUGAUACACAUUACGAUUGAAAGGAGGCUGAGAGGUGAACAUAAUGAGGAAAGGACUGCGCUAAGAGUUCCACAGCCCUGGUCGGUUUGGCUCAGCGGUUAGCAUGUCAGCCUGCGGUCCAGAGAGGCCCGGGUUCGGUUCCCGCUAAGGGCGUGUAUCUCGG